UUUAUUUUCCCCGCCCUGCUGCCAGGUCCCGUGGCUCAGAAGUGGUCUCGGUGUUCCCUGGGGGGUUCCGAAGAGAGAAGAGAGGAGGACUAGCAACAGGCCUCAGUUCAGCCGGCCGAGAUGGUGCCUACAACACCCCAGGGAAUGGGGUCCGGGGGCUCCCCUGGAGAUCCAGAGAAGCGGAAGCUCAUCCAGCAGCAACUUGUUCUCCUCUUGCACGCCCACAAAUGUCAGCGGCGGGAGCAGGCCAACGGUGAAGUCCGACAGUGCAACCUUCCCCAUUGCCGCACGAUGAAGAAUGUCCUCAACCAUAUGAUCCACUGUCAGGCCGGCAGGUCCUGUCAGGUGGCACACUGUGCAUCUUCACGACAAAUCAUCUCGCACUGGAAGAAUUGUACAAGACCCGAUUGUCCUGUCUGCCUGCCCCUCAGAAAUAGAGGGGAUAGGAACAAUCAGCAGCCAUUAUUGAGUGGAGCUACGGAAGGACUUGGAAAUCCUGUCUCCGUAGGCGUGGACCAACAAGCCACCCUCAGCCUCAACACGACCAGUCAGAUUGAGGGAGCUUUUGCAGCCCUUGGCCUGUCCUGUUAAGCAACCAGAUGCAGGCCCAAGCUCAAGCGAAGAAUCAGCCCCUUAGGGGAUGUGCCCCCUGAAUACCAUGAGUAAGUUCGUGCGCUUUCACUCUCAUGACACCAUUUAUGAUCACUGUGUUUUCUCAUUUUCCACUUUAGAGGACCCAUCCAGGUAUAUUUCACCUUGAGAAAGACCCACAUUAUCUCAGUCCAUACCGAUUUUUCACCUAGAAAGAGGUUCGUGAUAAUAUUGUCAGCUUUCUUUUCUACCUGUUAGGCUCCAACUCUAUGUUAUUUGGUAUGUCCCCAUUCCAAGGCUAUAAUAUACUUGAAUUUUCUUUUUUCCCACCAAACACAUUUCCUUUGUGAACAAAGUCCUCAUUCAUUCUGUUGAAUUUAUAGAGCACUUACUGUGUGCAGAGCACUGUGCUAAGCACAUGGGAAAAUUCAGUGUAGUCACUGGCAGUUCCUUGAAAAAUGUUCUACGGUUUUAUAUGUUUAAUUUCCUCCCUUUAGCUCAUAAACUGUAAAGAAAGCAAGAGACUUUUUAAAGUAACUUUUUAUGUUGCUUUAUCAGAAGUCUCCAUGUAACUUCAAAUGGCUUUUGAGGCUAUGCAUUUCUUCUAUGAAGGUCUUAUGUAGCAUCCCCUCUGGUAUAAUGGUUUUAAAUCAUUUUCUUAAAUUUUAACUUCAUAUUGCAGAGUUGAAUUUCUUAAUUAGUACCACGUCCGACACUUCAGGGCCUUGUAUCUAAGCAGGCUCAUCUUGCCGGCCAGUGUUCUCUAACUUCCUAAUAGUAUUUUAUCCAAAAAAUUGGUUGUUGCAGAACUGAGUAGUCUAAUUAAGAGGCUUAUAGCUGUUGGUUGAUUUCUCAUUCGAGCACAUGGCAGUCUUCUAAACACAGUUGUAUUUAGGCGUCGGCCUCGCGCAAGAACAUUGUACUCGAGGAGAAAAGUAUAGGGUUAACCAGAGGAAUGUGGGGUUUAUUCAUUCAAUCAUAUAUAUUGAGCGCUUACUGUGUGCGGAGCACUUUCUAAGAGCUUGGAGACUACAAUAUAACUGUAAGCGAACACAUUCCCUGAUCACAACGAGCUUACAAUCUAGACCAGGAGGUAGACAUCAAUAUAAGUAAAUAAAUUACAGCUACGGAAAUAAGUGCUGUGAGGCUGGGAGGGGGAUGAAUGAGAAGAGCGAGUCAGGGUGACGCAGAAGGGAGUUGUGCCCGAAUGCUGACUACACAUCCUGGAGGCCCAACACACAGUUGACUUAACACUUUGAUUUAUACAAAGGCACUGAGCAGUCCUGCACACAGUUGAAUGGACCGAGGACAGGAAGAAAUUUUAUCUCUUGAUAAGGUAUACAGGGAGGUAGCAAGCUGAUAAGCCCUGGAGACCUAACUGCAGAUGUGCGCUUGAUAGCCAAAUGGUAUAUAAGACCUUGGAAAGAUCUGGGGAGUCUUUGGGUCCAGAAAUGCUCUAGCUGACGCCAGGCAACCCGGAACAGUGUGUGAGCAGAAGGUGCGCUUGAGAACCUGGGGCUCCCUCAAGCCAGAAGGACGUGGCUAUAGUGUUAUUCCUCCUUUAUACCUCUCUCUUUAUGACCUAGUCUCCUAAUUAUGUGUAUACCUAUUGACUGCAAUUAUCUUAACGAAUCCCUUUUGCAUUCUUGUAGCAGUAUUAUAAAGUCAAGUGCUUGCCUAACCGAA